CACGUUUUGUGUUGGGGUGGAGUUGACGCACAGACAGACAGACUCUCUCCUCUCGCCUAUCCCACACUCUCCUCCCCACACACUCUCCUCCCCACACACCCUCCUCCACACACACCCAGGAGAGCCACAAGGAGAGUCAUCGCUCCCACCGCCACACGGCCAAGAAAGUCUGGGAAAAAGAACGCUGUCGCAAGGAGGAACAAACUGCGCUCCGAACAUCUGCUUUCCUGAGGAGGAAUGUCGCUCUGCAGCCUGCAACUGGAGCCCAUCACGUGCUAUGCAUGGAACGGAGACCGCUCACAGGUGGCGUUGAGUCCCAACAACGAGAGUGUGCACAUCUACCAGCGCAGCAGCGGCUCGGGCUGGCUCAAGGUGGACGAGCUCGCAGAGCACAGCGGCCGCGUCACGGGAAUCGACUGGGCACCGGGCACGGACCGCAUUGUGACCUGCGGCUCCGACCGCAACGCGUACGUGUGGACGCGGCGCGGGGCGCAGCAGCAGCAGCAGCAACAGGGCUCUGCACCCGCAGCAGGGGUCACCAGCGGCUGGGGACCGACGCUCGUGCUGCUGCGUUUUAACCGCGCCGCUACGUGCGUGCGCUGGUCGCCCCGAGAGGACAAGUUUGCCGUGGGAAGCGGAGCUCGGCUCGUGUCCGUGUGCUACUUCGAGAAGGACAACAAUUGGUGGGUAAGCAAGCACAUCAAGAAGCCCAUCAGCUCCACCGUGCUGAGCCUGGACUGGCAUCCCAACAACGUCCUCCUUGCCGCUGGAUCCUGCGACUUCAAGUGCAGGGUGUUCUCGGCGUACGUGAAGGAGGUGGACGAGAAGCCCGCUCCCACUCCGUGGGGGUCCCGAAUGCCGUUCGGGGAGCUCAUGGCAGAGCUCACGGGCUCGCACUCGGCGGGGGGCUGGGUCCACGGCCUGUGCUUCUCCCAGGACGGCAAUCGUCUCGCCUGGGUGGCUCACGACAGCACCGUGUGCCUGGCGGACCCGCGCCUCGACAAGGACGCGCCGGUGGGCGUGCUGAAGACGGACUUCCUUCCACUCCUCACCAUCACUUUUAUCUCGGACAACAGUCUGGUGGCUGCGGGUCACGACUGCUACCCGGUGCUGCUCACGAGCGAGGCGAGCGGCGCUCUGCGCGUGGCUGGCAAGCUGGACCGCGGCCGCCAGGGGGCGACGAAGAAUCUCUCAGCCAGGGACAUGUUCCGUAACAUGGACAAGAAGGCGAGCGCAGAGGAGGGCGACAGCGCUUUGGACUCCCUGCACCAGAACAGCAUCACGCAGCUGUCCGUGUUGGAGGGAGACAAGGCAAAAUGCAGGGUCCUGUGCAGCUCAGGCAUGGACGGCUCCUUUGUCAUCUGGAACCUGGAGACGAUGGAGAACAUGAUGGAAGGCCUCGUCAUAGCCUGAACAUGAUAUGCUCUCCGAUUUUAAAAUUCCACGCAACACCUUUAAAACAAUUUUGUUUGCGUUCCCUUUUCCUGGGUCUUUUCCUUCUUUGCAAUAAAGCUGCUCUUAUCAGAGGUAUUUUACCCUUAAUAAAAUGACAUUGCGAUGGGCAUUCAGCAAGGGCGCGGUGUGUGCGUGUUAAUGAACGCCUUGCGGGCGACACUGGAUCAACGUGAGCCAAAGUCCAUCCUAUUCUCGCGAAAACCAAAUUCCUGAUCUGUUGCGUGAGGCUCUUUGAGGCACGGGUGGAGAUACGAUUACCUUUUCCGAGGGUCAGAGGACCUUUAAAUACCUUUGGUGGCCCACACAAAGGCAAAGAUCACCUGUAUAUCCUCAACGACUGUUGGGGAGAAGUACGGUUUGCGAGCACCUAUGAAGGCCGGCAAGGCACACGAAGGGGUGAGUAAUCAGCACCACUUCCAGCCGCCUUUGUCUCCCAAGUGGCGAUGUUUAUACAUCGCGCCAGGUCUUCGUCUGAGGCACAGUCGACCUAGGGGAGGCCCAGGACCGCUUCACAUAAUCAUCACUGGCGUUGGCCGUGAGCGCGAAAUCGAACUUGGGUGGACUGGUUUCAUUGCGCAGUGCGCUAACCGCUGCGCCACCGCUCCCCAUAACACUGAUGGCUGAGUUCUCGCUCGGCACGCCUCUAGUUGGGUGACACCCGAAGGCGCGAACACACACACACACACCUUUGCGUUUCUCGAUACCUCAGCAAAUUAUAAAGCAUACAUGCGGACCGAGUGUAAAGAGCCCCCUUGCAGCUGUGCUGGAAAUGGGAGGUGCGACUUGAAUAUGAUACAAUUAGCAACGCAGGCUGCUUGCUCGGUUUACAAUAGUACAGAACUAUGAACUUGGUCGUUUAAGUUCGAUUCCCGGCCAUGGCUAACAUCAGUGGCCGGUGUUAUCCGAAUCGGCACUGGACACACGCCGUUUUCCUUCAGGCAACUGCACUGAUCAGUGUGGCGAAGUAUGGCCAAAUAACCUCCUGUAAUUACUUCAUGUAAUGUGGAGGCCUUAAUUCACGGGUGGAUUGAUAAUAACCUGACAGUUCAGGGAAGUAGUCGUAGCAGCUGUUCGCACACUGCACUCGGAAACCUGCCACCCGAGUUCGACUCCCAACAUCAGUGGCGGGCGAUAGCAGAACAAGCCAUUGGCCAUCACAACCCGCACUGACAAUAAUGGUGAAGUAUGGUCACGUUUACCUCAACGACUUACGUGGUGUAAGAUGCCUUCAUCCAAGCAGUCGAUUAACAAAAGGCAGUUGUUAAAUGAUAAUGUAUUCAUUCAAAUUAGCAUACUACACAGAUGCACUCCACAGCGGGAGAAAAAAUGACUAAACAAACGCAUAUAUUGAUCCUGUAGAAAUGUUUAUUGCUUUUGUAAGGGUACCACAAGGGAAGAACUACUUAAUUUAUACUUCAUCAAUCAUUUUAAAUACUUAUGUGAGAGAGGACAAGAUGUGGUAUAUUAAUUUAAUAAGCAAAGAGACACCGAAUAAUUUCGCCAUUUUUUGGACCUCCACGAAACACUCCAAUUGCUCAAACGGCACCCACGGGGCCUUACACCAAGACUAGUCCACAGCGAACGAAUCAAGACCUCAACAUUCAACGUUGCUUGGAUCUAAAUCGUCCACCGUACUUGUAAUUCACACACACUGAAUUCGCAACAUGUGCAAUCCAUGUCGUUGACCGUGUUCUCCAGGUUAUAAGAUCAUCCGGAAAGUAAUACGCGCCCCACACAUACUGCGCCCCAGUUGAAAGAGGAAGGGAGGGGGGGGAACGAGAUGAAACGUAUAAUCUGGAGAAUGCGCAAAAUGUUGCACACAAAGUGCUUAAGAUUAAAAAAACGAUUUGCUCACAACCAAAAUAAACUAUUAUUAGUAGUCGCUCUUGUCGAGAGCAUUAACGCACCGCAUCGCGCGCUUUCAGAUGCGCGCUUCUGCGGCCGUCUGGAACGCUCUUCCUUCCGAUAUUAGGAAGCAACUGGAGCUAUACACUCUUUAAUCUAGAUUGAAAACUCGCUUCUUUAGAACUGCUGAUUGCUUUUAGUUUGUUGUCCUUCCGCCGCACCUCCGGUGAGCACGGGUGGCUACGGACGGUACGAAAGAAGUUCAAACAUUCAUACAUAUAAUCGGGGAUUUGGCCACAAAACCUGAUCACACAUUAUUGCAGUGUUUAUUAUUGCGGGUGUACCGAUGCAUCAAUCGCUAUGCUGCCGGAUACAGGCAAAGUGUUUCAUGAAGCGCAGCCGUCAUAAUUCUCGGUAAGGUCAUUAACAUAACACCCGGAGAUGGGAGAACGUCUCACUCACCACACGAUUUCAUUUCCUAAGACGUAACUGCGAAUUUACUCGGCUGCUCAAACCACCGCGCCUAUCAAAGAUCCAAUUUGGUAUAAACGGUUUAACGCAUAUUUUAGACACAAAACGCACGCAUGUACAUACAUCCCCUCCCCCAAUGGGAAUUUGUCCAUGGGCAAGUGCUGUUAGUAAGCACCAAGUAAGGAUGGAGCACACUAAAUGUUUUUUUUUUCUGGCCAGCGUGCUGCCAAUCUCCCUUUGUCCCCCCAGUGUUUGCAUCAACAAACUCACCUUGAGCCAAUGACACAGAUUAGCAAGAAUUUUUUUUUUCACAGACUGAAAACAAUAAGGUGUUUACACAGCACCAAAAACGUAACCAACGCAUGCUUUGCUUUUCAACUUGAGAUCGUGGCCUUUCGCGCGUAUAUUCUACACUCAGCCCAUGAUAACGUCCAACUCCUAUUGGCUGAAAUUGGGGGAGUGUCUUGGGCAAAGAUAACCGAAGGGAGGUUCAGGCCAGGUUCACAUACCAGUUGCUACUGGUAAAAAAAAAA